UGGAGUUUCCGGAUGCCUGCCCUGGACAAUGCAGGGUUUCGCCCUGUGGGUUGGGAGAGUAGGGACAACAGGGCUGGCUGGACCAGCUGUUGCCUCGGGGCUCCAUGCCUGGCCAGUUGAGCCUCUAGGGCAGAGACUGGGGCUCUCAGCUUAAAAGCUCUUGGCUUCAAAGGAAUGUGUAGUGGGCUGCCUCUGCUCAGGAGGGGCUAAAAAAAGCCUCAGUCACCCUGGACUAUGUGUGAGGGUUAUCAACAGCUCAGGUCAGCUCAUCUCUCUCUGACCACUCCGGCGCUUAAGAGAGGGUCUGUUUUCCUGCCCCCUCUCUGGUUUCCACCAAUUGGCAGAGAAGAAUCCAUCUGCUCCAGAGGUGCAGGCUGUGAGGAGUGAGGUCCCACCUCCACUGGAGCUCCCAAGACAACAUGCCUCCCAAGAAGCCUGAACCUAAGAAGGAGGCUGCCAAGCCAGCCGCAGCUGCUGCCGCUGCUCCAGCCCCUGCCCCAGCUCCUGAGCCCUCCAAGGACUCUGCCUUUGACCCCAAGAGUGUGAAGAUAGACUUCAGUGCUGACCAGAUCGAAGAGUUCAAAGAGGCCUUUUCGUUGUUUGACCGGACUCCAACUGGAGAGAUGAAGAUCACCUAUGGGCAGUGUGGGGACGUGCUGCGGGCCCUGGGCCAGAACCCCACCAACGCAGAGGUGCUGCGUCUUUUGGGCAAACCCAAGCCUGAAGAGAUGAGUUCCAAGACCCUGGAUUUCGAGACGUUCCUGCCCAUCCUGCAGCACAUCUCCCGCAACAAGGAGCAGGGCACCUAUGAGGACUUCGUGGAGGGACUGCGCGUCUUUGACAAGGAAAGCAACGGCACGGUGAUGGGGGCGGAGCUCCGGCACGUCCUUGCUACGCUGGGGGAGAAGAUGAGCGAGGCAGAGGUGGAGCAGCUGUUGUCUGGGCAGGAGGAUGCCAAUGGCUGCAUCAAUUAUGAAGCCUUUGUCAAGCACAUCAUGUCUGGGUAGAGAAGAUUUCUCAAGGGUGCUCGGUCCUGGGUGAGCGAACGAGGGACCCGUGAUGGCUGUCACAGAGUCUUGGACUCACACCACAUCACAGCUCCACAACCUCUCAGAUCUACGGCCUUCCCUGUAAAUAAACAGCCUAGCACCGA